GGUGCGACCAAAAUUAGAUGCAAAGCAGCUCGUAGUUCCUAAGGCUUUUGUCAUGGUUGAGGAAUGACUAAAUCCUGAAUUUAGUCCAGACAUGUGCCAAAUAGGUGCAACCCCACCCAGGUGUUAAGUUGAACUAAGCAAAACUGGACCCACAAGCUAAAGUUCAGGAAUUUAAUUACAAAGUUCAAAAGAAUUAACAGUUAUUUUUAGAGUCACUGAGCUGGGGAGGGUGCGAAUCCAGGAAAUAUCUAAUACAGGCUGGGUAAGAGAGGCUAAUCUAGAUCUGUAGUUUGAAGUGGUCUUGGAUGAGGACAGUGUGGAGAUGGAGGAAGAAGCUCAACAUGCUGAAGGACCAGGGCAGCCCACUGACGCCCAGAGCGAUGCCCGCUCCUUCCUGACAGAGGAGAUGAUUUCGGAGUUCAAAGCCGCCUUCGACAUGUUCGACACGGACGGCGGCGGUGACAUCAGCACCAAGGAGUUGGGCACCGUGAUGAGGAUGCUGGGCCAGAACCCGUCAAGGGAGGAGCUGGACGCCAUCAUUGAGGAAGUGGAUGAGGACGGCAGUGGAACCAUUGACUUUGAGGAGUUCCUGGUGAUGAUGGUGCAGCAGUUGAAGGAGGACCAGGCUGGAAAGACUGAAGACGAGCUCUCUGAGUGCUUCCGUAUCUUUGACAAGAACGGAGACGGUUUCGUUGACCGGGAGGAGUUCGGAUACAUCCUGCAACUCACCGGAGAGCCGGUCACCGAGGAAGAUAUCGACGAGAUGUUUGGAGAGUCAGACAAUAACAAAGAUGGAAAGAUUGAUUUUGACGAGUUUCUGAAGAUGAUGGAGAACGUGCAGUAACGAGAGCAGCUCUACAUUCCUCUGACCGCCUCGUCCUUGGAGAGAAUGUAAAGCAAAACUCCCAAAACACUGGAAAUCUAAUAAAUAUGAUGUGGUUUCUGAGAUGGACACACAUGGACACAUGCAUUUACCCCCCCGCCCACCCGACCCCUCUUCCCCGUCUCAUAUGAAGAAGAAGUCCCAGGACUUGGUGGCGAUAUCUAUAAAUAUCCGCUCAAACCAUUUAAGACGAGGGCACUUUCUCCCCUCGCUCGCCCCCGGUGUCUUGCGUGGCCCACCCCCAGCUGUCCUCGGGGCAGCUGCUGCUGCUGCUUCAGAAAUGCUACACCCCACAAACCCCCAUAAUCCCCCCUGCUGCUCAGACCUGCACCCUUUCCUCCACCCUCUGAUGUGCUUUCUAAAUAAAUCAACUCUCUCCUUCUGCUAA